AUGAAGUCGUCAUCUACACCCGCCGGACGUCGUAGCGCGUGUCAAGCGGAGAUCACCGGGGGCGUCGGCGUGCCGGUUGUCUACGACAGUAUCGGGCAAUCCACGUUCGACAUCUCUCUCGAUUGCCUUGCCAGGCGCGGGCUGAUGGUGUGCUUCGGAACGGCGUCCGGGCCGACUCCGCCGAUUCAGGCAAUGCAGUUGGCCGUCAAGGGAUCUCUCUUCCUCACACGUCCGGCACUUGCCGAUUACAUCGCGGAUCCCGAGGAACGUGCCGAGGUGGCCGGGGCGAACUGUUCUACACGUCGAAUCCGGGCGAAUCAAGAUCGAGAUCAACCAGCGAUACCCCUCGAAGAUGCGGUGCGUGCGCACCACGACAUGAGUCCGGUCGCAGUAUCGGUUCCCUCCGUCUUCUCCGUC